CGAUGAGUUGACCAUUAAUUUUCAAUCUCAUCCCUUGAACCACACCACCAUUUUUAGUGCUUAUGAUCUAAAAAAGAAGAAAAAAAUGGCAAAAUUCACUGUUCUAUUCAGUUCAUGUUCUCUAGUAAUGGCGGUAAUUUUUGCUUACUCUGCAUCUGUCCAAUUAAAUGAUCCUGAUUGGUAUUUUUGGUUCCCUCUCUAUGCCUGUGCUUGCCUAGUUAAUUUGGUGAAUUGGAGAAUCUCCUCAGAAACAUUAAUUAUCAGGAAAAUUGCAAAAGUGACCCUAUGGUUUGGUAUAAUCUUGUUUUUGAAGGUUGUAAUUGAAGAUUUUGCUGAAUUUUGGUUAUUAGAUGUGAGUGAGAGAGUUGUGAGAGAGAAAAUUGGAAGUGGGUUGGUUAUCAUUUCUUUGAUUUUGCAAUUGGAGGCAUCUCACUCAAAACAAUUUAUGGCAAGAAGGGAAAAGGAAUAUGCAAGAUAUGUUAAUUAUGGAAUGGCUAUGUUGGUGAUCUUCAGUAUUGGACUUCCCUUUGUCUUCUUUUUAGUUAAAAAAGGAGAAAUGAAAUUCGAUUAGAUAAGUAAUGGUAAUAGCAAUUCUUGUGUUAAUUUUGCAUGUUAGCCAAAUUUGUAAACAAUACUUCAAGUUCAAAUAAAAUGGAAAAAUAGGCUUUGUUCA